GAGGGAGGGAGGAAAGAGGGAGAGAGGGUGAGAGGAACAGACAGGAGCAGACAGACGUCCCUCAGCAGUUUAGUCGCCGGUCACUCGGCGGAAAACGCGGAACGCUGAUUUCUGGGACGGAAAGUGGCAGAAAAGCGAGACACAAACUACAUUUAACAGCUGUACCGAUACUUCUGUUUAUCUAGAGAUAGACAGAUCUAGAGAUAGAUAGACAGAUUUCGGAGGAAGAGGAGGAGAAACCGGCGAGAAGGAGGAGGAGAGAACCGAGCCAGGAGGAGGACGCACGGACCGGAGGGGAAGGAGAGGAGGCUGGAGAGAGAGAAAAGGAAGGAUUUUUUCUUUCUUUUCUUUUUUUAAAUAUUUUUUUUAGUCUCCUCUCCUUCUUCCUUCUCUUCUCCAGCUCCACAGCCAGCCAAUCUGCCUCUUCUGGAGCAUUUAUGUCUGCGUUCCGGAGGCUUUAAAUGUUGAACUUGAUGGGUGUUUUAAACGCCACCGCCGCCAAUGUCUCCUGUACUUGUAACUGCAAGCGCUACAACCCCCUCCAGAGCAUGGAAAUCACCCAGCUGGAGUUCGUCCAGAUCCUGGUGAUCGUGGUCGUCAUGAUGGUCAUGGUGGUGGUGAUCACCUGUCUGCUGAACCAUUACCGCCUAUCAGCGCGCUCCCUCCUCUCCAGACACGCCCCCACACGCAGGAGACACCUGCCGUUGGCCAACGAGGGAGGUCUGUGGUCCUCUGAGUCAACAGGGACAAGCAGUGCUCUGAAUGAGCACCAGGUGUAUAACCCCCGUCCCCCGGAUCGAGGGGUCCCCACCUCCUACCUACAGCGGGAACCACAUCACGGCCAGUCCCAGCCUCCACUCCAUUCCCAGCGCUUCCAGCACACAUACGCCCCGAGUCGCUUCCAGCCAACGUACCCCUACCUGCCCCAGAGCCUCAUCGACCUCCCACCAACAAUCUCCCUGUCAGAUGGCGAGGAGCCGCCGCCGUACCAGGGCCCCUGCACCCUGCAGCUCCGGGACCCUGAGCAGCAGAUGGAGCUGAACCGCGAGUCGGUCCGAGCGCCGCCGAACAGAACCGUGUUCGACUCCCACCCCCUCGACCCAUCCAACUCCUUUCUGCAGGCCAGUCUGCAGGCGCCUCCUCCGAGCGUCCACUCGGGCAUCAGUGUGCUAGAAGCCCAGGAGGCCUUGUCCCGGCACCAGAAGCAGGGCUCUCGGGUAGAAGGAGCUCCCCCAACCUACAGCGAGGUCAUCGGGCACUACUACCACCCUUCGUCCCUGAACUCCACCCACAACCACCGGACUGUGCCGCAAGCACCGCCGUCCUCGCUCAUACAGGGUCUGCUCCGACCUCCGCCUCAGCAGCAAGGAAGCGUGGACAACAGGAACACAAGGAAUACAAAGGAGAAAUCCCAGAAGCCCCAGCAGGUGUGACAAUACUGCUUCCUGUUUUGAGAAAAAAAAAACAACAAACAGGAUUACGUCUGAUCAGCGGACAACAAGGAAAAAUCACGUGAAUGGUAAAAAAAAAAAGAGCUGGUUGGCUGUUUCACAGUUUCCCCUGCUUCACGCUUUGAGAGGCGGCAAGACGAGCACCUGGAAACCACAUCACUCCUGCAGAGCACAGUCACAGGAGAACAACUGGUACUUCACGUUCCACAGCUUUCUGUCCGAAGAGCACUUCAGAUGAACCCAUGAUGAUGUCAGAAAAGAGUUGGCAGAAGGCGGAAAAGGGGAAAGCCUCUUUCCGUCCUCAUCCCUCCUCCAUCAGACUGAUCCACAUAGUCUUCAUUCAUUAUAUAUAUAUUUACUUGUUCCGUUUGUUUCUAUAGAGCAUUUUUCUUCAUUUGUUUGUCUUUUUCACACUUGCCAGAAAAUUCCUAUACUGGCGAAAAUGUUGCAAUCUUCUUGGUUCUUCCACGUUUUAGGAUUUUUUUUUUGUUUUCUAGCGAUAAUCCCUCCAACCACCCACUCGCUGCUUCGAGUCCUUUUAGUUCUCGACUCCUGUGCCAGGCUUUAGCUGUAUCACGGGGACAUGUUAGCACCUUAGGAUAUUUUCCAGAAAGAGUUUAGAUUUUAGCUGAAUCUUGAACUAGCCCACCAGUUGUAGCACAGUGCUGACUGUCCUCAAGCUAAAAGUUCUGCCUUACGUCGACCAACCGAUGCAGGAGCUGUCGCUGGACCCCCCCUUUUUUUUAGUUUUUUAAUUUUUCUAAAGAAGGUUUGCACAAAGUUCAAGACUGUUCACCACAGAGAAAGAAAUAAUCUGCGACUUGAUCGAUGAUGAGAGAGAAACUAGAGAAAGUAGGGGUAUUUUUCUAAACUUGAUGGAUUCAUAUGAGAUGUUGUUUUUCUUUUUUUUUUUAUUUGUUGUGUAGUUAUAGAAAAAGAAACAGACAUCAGUAAUCUGUUGGGGUGCCAACUUUCACGUUGAACAUUUUGCCGCGUACAUGUUGACAUGUAUAGAUGUUACAUACGGAGUAUAUAUACAGACAUGUAUGCAAACCGAGAGCGAAAAGCACGAAUUUAGAGUUAUUUAUAUAAUUGCUGAAAAGAAUUGCACUAUUUUUUAGUAUGCGCAGACGGAACGUUUGAGUGAGACUUUUAUUUUGAAGGAGCUCUGUCUAUUGAGGCGUAAAAACAAAAGAGAGAGAGGUGAAAAUGUGGACUCUUACCAGGGAUUCGGACCAAAACAGUGCACAGCAGCCGCUAUCGUGAACAAUUUAUGGGGAGAUUCUGACGUUGGUGCAAUGGACUCAGACCAACUGUUACUGUACCAUUGAUCAAAAGAAAAAAAUCUCCAAUUUAUGCAAAAUGUCUGAGUCCUGUGAGCCAACCACAAGUCAGCAUCCAACCUGCGGGCCCAAUCAGAAACUCUGCUCGUCACUCUCUCGGUCUCACCCUAUUGGCCGAAUCGUUAGCCAAUCCCAAAGCUGGCUGUCACUACCUCGACCGAACAAGUCAAGCACAUUACGAAUUUGUUAAUCAGACUUUUAAACAGACGUCUGAACUAAUCAAGACAGUGUGUAAUGUAACAGUAGAACUAGCAGUAGAGUAGGAUGUGGUAGAAUUAGCUUUUAAUUUUUAAUCCUGCUGUGUGUUAUUUUAUUUGAAUGUCAAGAGUUUUUGUUCGCUGGGUGAGAAGAGAGAGAACGAGGCAGAAUUAGUGACACCUAACGUCCCCCUUGAAGUGCAUUAACUCAGGAAGAAAGCCAGUCGCCCAACGGGCCCUAAAUGUUCGAUAUGCCGGCUGUGCACUGCUGUGGCCACACAUUCACGAACUUACAUCUCCAGUUGAACACCUCCAGUUUCCUUUAAAGUUCCUUCUCUUCUCCUGCCUUUUUUAACCCAAACUCUGGUAAGUUUCCCUCUCUCGCAGGCAUCUCUGAGCACUUUAUUGCACCAAGAAGGAGACAACAAUCUUCUGUCAGCCAGUGUCGGCCUCAGUUCACCUAAAACACCUAAAAACUAAAGUAGAACCCUUUAGGUUAAAUUCUUCAACCUUUAGAGCUGCACUUUUAAAAGAUGCAAAGAGUUUUGCACCAAAGCGCUGGACUUUAUUUAUCUUUACUCACAACUUUUUAAUCUGAAAUCACUAAAUGAUCUGAACAUAACUUAAUCAUUUUUACAGAUUUCAUGCCAGUACCAUAAUAUUCUAUACUUACUGUUCUCAUAUUGCCUUUACAAGCAGAACUUUGGCUAAAUUAAAACUGGACAAAGAAAAAUAAUUUGAAUUAGGAAGUGAUUUAUCAAAAAUGUAAUAAAAUUAUCAGAAAUGGGGCCAGACAUUUGAUCCUAAAUUUAAUUUUCGGCAUCAAAACAAUGUAUAAGUUUGAUAUUGAGCUCAGUUUUUUGUUGUUUUUUUAAAAGAUCAUGUGACCCUUUGGUCUUUUUCAUAUUUUAAAAUUCCUCUGUUGUCGUUGUUUUUGGAACAAAACUCUUUGUGUGUUGAAUGCAGCACAAGUUGGGUUGUUGAAACUAGACACACUGAAGUGUUGAAAAGUGACACGAGUGUUAAUAGCAACUUACCUUGUGUCAUCUCUUUAAGAGUGUAGAAACGUAGAAAUAAUACAGUUUUAGCUCAUCAAAGUAGAAAAUCUAAAUUUAACAAUGUAUUUGUAGUUUUUUUUGUGUUAAAAGUUGCUGCUUAUAUUUAUAUGAAAAGCGUUCACUGCGACCAACGCUGUUUUAACUCGGUGCUCGUGAAUUUUUACUGAUGUGACGACACCACAGGUUGGUCCGGAUGAUGCCGGCGCCCUCUAGUGUCCAGUUUUUAUGCAACAGUGCCCUCCACAGGGUCCGAACCGAACUGCAGCCAAAACUCCUGAAGCUGAGUUAGCUUGACUUUGCAACCUGAAGAGAGGAGAGAGUGAAAAAGGCCAAAAAAACAACGUUUUAUUGUCUGAUACGGUGAAUCUUUGUCUUUUCUUCUCGCUGGUGUCUAAGCUGGACGUAAAGAGGACCAGUUUGUGUCAGUUGCAUUGUCAUUACUUUUAAAUUGCAAAGCUAAGCGUGCAUACAUUAGGAUAAACCACAGCUGAACUUUGCAGAAACUUUCAUUGAAAUCACCUACUUUCUGAAUCCCCUUGCACAAUAAAAAAAAGAUUUUCAACUGGUUUUCCAAUGCAGUAGCCAGAAAAAAGCAAUCCAAAAUUUUAGAACUUCAUUGUUUGCCAUAUUUGUCCAUGUUAAAGUUAGUUUUAAUGAAUUUGUCCUUAGUUGCACAUUUUUUCUUGUCUUGUCUCGAGCAAGCAUAUAAUACAUAACGUAAAAAUCUUUUCUAUAACGCAGCCGAUAGGUUAUUUUUUCAUCCAGAUGUUUGGAAGAGUCUUUCAAGAUUCUUCCAAUCCCUUUAAAACAGCAUUUAGCAUUCACAAUUGCCUAAGCUUUUGACAUUUUAACUGUAAUGACAAAACCUGAAAGUCCAGCUUUUAACUCCCGUGACACAAAGAAAGACAAUGAAAAAUAACCGACAUGUAGUCACAAAUCAUUCUUAUCAAUUUGCCUUCCCUCUAUCUUAUUUAUUAUCUCUCUUUCACCUUUGUUCCUGUUAUUUAAUGACGAGCACUUAUGGAAAGAAAAAAAAUCAUGAUAUGAAGAAAUUAAUCUCUUGACCCAAAGCAGAUGAAGGACUGAUGAUUGGAUCAAUCAAAAUACGAAUCACCUUUCGCCUUGUAAUGAGAUUAUUAGCCUGGUCCUAUGAUGCAAGUUUAGCUAAUUUGUUGACCUUUAUUUUAUUGCCUUUUCCCCUACAUCGAUAUGUUACUUGUGUUUGGACGAGGCUAUUCAAAAGCGGUUCGGUUUCCUGUGUUGGAGGGUUUGCAGCGGGUAUGAGAAGACUGGACAGGUUUUAAUGAGGGCAUUAAAAGUAGAAUCAAGUUUAUAAUUAUGUAAAAUGAUGUACCAACAGCUGAAUUCAUAUGGAAGAAAUUAGUGUAGGAUCAAUCUGUCACUUCAGGGAAAGCUGACGCUGGCUGACCAUACAAAAUAUGACAGAAGAAAGAGGAGUAAAAGCUCAUUUAGAGGUAGUGUUUGUUUUUUAAUUCAAUGUACUAUCUACACGUGCACACUGGUGUGUUUACAUGGCUUUCACCAGUGCGUUCCAUUUUUUAUUUUUUUUGCUAAAUUUGAGUCGCACAAAACCCACAUAUGAAGCGGAUCACAUGUAAAAUGCCUCCAUGCCGGCAAUAAUCUGCACCUGUUUGAGGUGAUCUCACGCUUUCCUUCACUUUAAGCCGGCAUGAAGGCAGCUUUGCAGCGUUAGCACGUUAGCAUUGCAGCUAGCGGGCCACAGCUUUUUCCCAGACCUGUGUGUGUGUGUGUGUGUGUGUGUGUGUGUGUGUGUGUGUGUGUGUGUGUGUGUGUGUGUGUGUGUGUGUGUGUGUGUGUGUGUGUGUGUGUGUGUGUGUGUGUGUGCAGUUAAUGUACACCAACCUGGCCUGGGAAAGACCUCCAGCCGUCUAGACAAAAACCAAACACACACAGAGGAGACUAAACAAACUCACCUCAGAAGCAGACCUUCCAAACACACACACACACACAAACACAAACACACACACUUUCAUUCACCCAGUUCAUUUUUUCAGCUUAUUGUGGACCACACAGAAUCGCACAAACAUUGAUCUCACACACCUGGAUUGCCUCCAGAGUCCCUCCUUCCUCUUCCUGUCUGAGCUCCUCCUGUUACCUAGAGACGCCUGCCGCCCAAUGACAGAGCUCCUUCUUACAGACCCCGGCCCUCGCUGCCAUUGGCCGGCCGUCUUUUACGUCGGUCUCCUCGGAAACGUUCGUCGUUUAUUAUUGUUGCUAUGUCGUACAAGUGUGCCUGCCUGUGCUGAGACAGGCGAAAUGUGAGUGGCUAGUUUGGGCUGUCAAUCAUCCCGUGCCAUGCCGUCUCAGAUGAUGAUGAUGAUGAUGAUGAUGGUGAUGAGAUUUAUGAUGAUGAUGAUGAUGAAGAUAGAUGUUUUUGUUUGAUAGUGAUGCCGCAAAGAUCGUUGCAAUACACCUACUAUUUGCCUUUUUGAUAAUAUUAGUCAUAUUUUAACGUAGUGUGCUUAAUGUAAGUUUUUUUUAUCGUUAUUGUUGUUAUUGUUGUUGUUGUUUAUUGACCUGAGAAGAAAAAUGAGGUGAUUUCACUUCAAUCCAUUGAUCACACAAAAACAGUUUUCGUUUUUUUUUUUCGUUUGUUCAACCAACUUUGAGAGUGUAAAACUACCUAACACACAAAAAAACUGCAAGAUCACUGGGGAGGACGUGUAAAUACAAGAAAAUGUACUGCAGCUUUUAAGUGCCCUUUUCCCGUUUAGAGUACCCUUGUUAGUGUGCAGCCGUCUGAAGAGCAAAAUGAUUUGUAUGAGGAUCUUUAUUUUUUUUACAUAAACAUAUCCUGAGAACAGCUUAUCUUUAAGCUAGCUAUUUGCGCAACUUUCCCCUCAUCCAGUCUCUUUAUUUAGGAGAAAAAAACACUUUUAGCACAUUUUUUUAUCAUGCACUUACAAGUUCAAGUAUGCUUCUUUUUAAACAUCAAGUCCCGUCGUCCCAGUUUGUUGACUAAUCAUCGCGUCUCCUUGCCUGGCCCAGCGUCUACAUGUGUGCCUUCUGGUGUCCAGCGCUAAAGGAGACCACUAUGCUUAAAACUCAAUUACUGUUGCCUUUUGACGGGUAGAUAACUUGGACAGCACAAAAUAUGUUAAAACUACAUGGCCAUGACAUAUGGAAGCCCAGUCAGAGCAGAAAAAGGAAAAAAUAAAGACUCAUAAAAACUCCUUAUCGAUGUUGAGGGAAAAAAAUGACACGUGAACAGCUGUAAUGAAAUUAUAAGUGAGUAAAUUUAUCUAGCAGGAAAAUUGACCAAUACAAUGAGAAUCUCUGUAAUUGGUAUUUUGUCUUGGAGUUUAACCUUAGGGGAGAAGUCUUUCUAUGUCAAACUCCCUUACGUUCAUGUUAGGUUUAAAUAAGUCCACUUUAGAAAGUCAGUUUGUAGAUGAGUGUGACUUACUAAGUCUGACUUACUUAAACCUAACACGAACUUAACAUUUUUUCAGGAAUGAUAAGGCUUUUUGUCGAUUUUAUUUUUCCUGCUGAAAUAGGCUUCCGUAAUUACAACAGCAGGUGCUAAAUAUUAGUAAUUUAUCACAUUGGUUACUCAUGUUGCGUUCCAGAGAUGCUGGAAAGUCAGAAAUCCACUCCAGUGAACUUGUAUUCGUAGCGUAGCAUGUCCUUAAAUGCAUCAGAGCGGUAAUGAUAGUUGCUAAUUGUUAGAUAACAAACAGUGUGCAAGGUGAAGGCAUUCUGAUUUUCUUGUAACAUUUAUUGGGAUACAACAUUAGCUAUUCUUAAAGUUUCUGGCUGCUUGGAAAGAAUCCACUCCUCUAAAACCCACUACAGCCAAGUUCUCUGCAUCUUUAUAGACAUUUCCAAAGAAUUAAUCAUCCUUAACAGGUUACGCCUGACUUGAACUUUUCACAUUUUUUGGGGAAAGCUUUUCUUUUUCGUUGCCUUUUUCCAGUUUCAAUCAAUCACCCGUAGGGAAGUGUAAUAUAUACUGGCAUUAAAGAAGAAAAACUGAAUAUUUUAUCAAGAACGAUGGCACGACUGAAGGAACACUCUGGAGAAAGGCAAACUAAAAAAAAAAAUGUUUUCCCCUUUUUGUGUUUUUGCUCAUUCUGCAUUGUUGUGUUCUUUUCUGCUCGCUCUGCUCUUUGAAUCAGCGCUGCGUGGCGCCUUUCACGCUGACAAUGGUGAAGAAAAAAUAUACGAAAACACUCUCUUUUGGUUGCAGUAUGUUAUGUGUGCGUAUUUAAUAAGCCUCUGUACGUUACGGGACACAACGGCGCUCCGAUGCUUGUUCACCGCGGUGACUAUUGUAGAAGUCUUCCACCUGUCUUUGAGUUUCAUCCUGCAAGCAUGUCAAAUGUGGGACUUGUACAAUAGAUCCGUUUGUUCUGCUCAGGAUUCCUACAUGCAGCUGGUCCAGAUGUUUGGCAGAAAAAUAUGAUAAAAUGCUGCUUUUGUCCAGUCCUCAGCUCUGGAGUGAAAGCUGCAGUCAGGACCAGGUGUGAGACAAAAUGUAGGAACCCUGAUCUGUUCUUGUAGAAAAACGUUGGGUUUCCCUUCGUUCAGAUUUAGCACCAGGCUCAUAACUCUUCCGUUGAAGUGCAAUGAGAAAAAAAAAGGUGAACUUGGUGCUAAAAACUUCAAGGUUUAACUCCAGUCUGUCAUCCGUCACAGCAUGGCUCACACACUUAUAUAGAGGCCUACUUAUUCUCAAUGGUAAUAACUGCUUCUUUGUGUAUUAAGACAGUUUAUUUUAAUUUAUAUUGGAUGGUCUACAUGUUGCUUGGUUUGUUAUGUUGUUUUUUUUCUUCUUCUCUGUUACAAACAGAAGACAAUGGUUUAUCGUUGUUGUCACAGAACAUGGUAUGAAUCUGACACAUUUCAGUUAACCUUCAAUUUAAAAUAUGAAUAAAGGUUUUAUAAAUAUU